AUGGCGUCGGAAGAUCGACUCAGCGAUUUGCCGGACUCGAUCCUUCUCCACAUUCUCUCUAAGGUCUGGGACGAAAAUAAAUCAGUUGUGAGAACCAGCGUAUUGUCUACGCGAUGGCGAUUUCUUUGGAUGUCCGUUCCACUGUCACUAUUCUACAUUGAUUUAUGGCUACAUUUUGCUACUAAUUACACCUUGUUUGGAUGGUUGGUACCAAAUCGAUUUUGUGUAAUUGGCUUAAUAUUUUCUUCUCAUUUUUAUGAUAAUCAUAUUUUAUCCUUUAGCCUACUUAGGUAUUAUGUGACGGCAAAGAAAGAUACAAUCUAUCCAAACAUUAUAUUAAUUAAAACAAUACAGUACGUAACAACCAUCCAAACAGAGUGUAAAGUUGCUAAUGUUGACGAGUUAACUCUUGGAUUUCUCUUUAGGUACGACAAGAGUUAUGUUAAAGAUGUUGAUUUAUGGGUACAUUUUGCUACUAAAGUUGCUAAGGUUGAAUGUUUUACACUUGGAUUUGGUUGGGGAAGUAUUCCGAGAUAUGAGUUUCCUCAGUUUGCAUAUAAGAAUAAGUAUUUGAAGAGUUUGAUUUUAACGAAAUGUGAAUUGAACCCUUUUGGUAGUAUUAACUGGAGUCGUCUUAAUUUUCUUUCAAUCGCGUCUUUAAAUUUGACGGAUGGUGUAUUGGAAAAGGUAUUAUCUGGUUGUCCUAAUUUGGAGCAUUUGGAACUGGAAAAUGUUUUGGGGAUUAGUCGUCUGGAAGUUAGCUCUGUGAAGCUGACAUAUUUGAGCAUAAAAGAUUACCAAAAUGGGAAUGAUGACAUUCGCCUCGAAAUAUUAGCCCCUCAUCUGAAAUAUUUUGAACUUUUGGGGUGUUGCAAUGAGAUAUGCUUGCAGCCGAGAAAUGUGGCCUCACUUGUCAGUACAAGCAUAUGUUUAGAAUAUGAGGAUUCGCUAGAUGAAGAACGCAACUUGGAGGAGGAAUGUAGCUAUUUUAAGGAACUUCUUCACGGUGUUGGUCAUGUGGAGAAACUUGAAUUGUGUCCGUGGUGCAUCCAGUGCAUGUCAAUGCUGGAGUUGGAAGGCUGGCAGUCUCCACCAUCAAGCCGAAAAUUGUUAAAACUUAACGCUGGCUUAGAAUCGCUGGACUUCCCCGGAAUUUACAGCUUUUUACAGAGUUCAGUGGAUCUUGAGACACUAGUGAUUGACUGGUACAAUUACGAACCAAGAGAGAAUAAAGGAUACAUAUUAGCGGAUCCUUUCCUGCAGAAGGUGUUGUCGAGUUAUGCAGAUGAAGAUGCACAUAACAGGAGGUUUGAGACACAUUUUAAUUGCUCAUUGCAACAUCUCAAGACCAUCAACUUUAUGAACUUUUAUGGUGCACUAAGUGAAAAUAAGUCCAUACUGUCAUUGGUAAAAUGUUUGCUCGAGAAUGCAACAAUGCUAGAAAAAUUCGCCAUUGCAGCCAUAUUAGAAGGGAGCGAUACGUCUCAGGAUUAUGUUAAAAUGAAACAGGAGUUCAUGAGGUUUCCAAGAUCUUCUCCGAACGCUUCCGUUGUAUUUUCUUCUUCAUAAACUUUGGUCCCUGUUGUUUCAAUUGAUUUGCAACAGACCUAACAACUUCCUAUUUUUGAUGAAAACUAUUGUUGCUGAUAAACAAGGUUACAAUUGAUUGUACUUGUCAGUGUUGAAGGAGUUAUUAAUAGUUUUUCAUGUCUAACUAAUAUUGUACUUGA